GAAUGUUCCCCAGUGAUGAUGAUGAUGAUGAUGUGGUUUUGAUGAAUCCAGAUCCUCCACCCUGUCAGGGAACAAAAGAUGGCAAUUCUGUGUGCGAAAACCCAGACAAGAGUGCUCCAGAAAAGAGCCCUGGUGAUGAUGCAAACUCUCCCCCCCAUCAGGAAGGAGAACCUUACAAAUCUGUUUGUAACAACCAUGAAAAGAGUGGCCCAGAAACAACAAAAUCCCUGAGCCGUGUUGAUGUUAAUAAGGCAAAUCCUCCAUCCUAUCAGGAACGAGAACCUAAUAAAUCUCUGCCUAACUACUCUGAAAAGGUAACCUUAACGACUCUAAUCUUUGCAACCCCUCUCGUUUUGGGACUACCUUGACAUGGUUAGUGGGCUUUUGAACCCCAGAAUUAGUUCCCAUGUUUGAGUCCAAGAGUCUCCUAUAUUUUGAUGUAUUUAUUUAGGAGUAAUAUUUUGGAAUUUUCCUAUUUCUGUAAAAAUUUAUCGGACCUGACAAAUAGGAAAAGAUAUACAGUGGUCCCCCCGUAUUCGGGGGGGAUGCGUACCAGACCCCCCCCGCGAAUAGUUAGAAUCCGCGAAUGUUUGGAACCCCUAUAAAAACGCUAAAAACAGCCUAUUUUGUUAGUUAAAACUUAAGAAAAGCCACUAAAAAUUUUCAUACUUGGUUCUUAUAAUAGUUUUAUCACAAAAAGUGCAUUUUAUGAUGAAAUUGAUAACAAAAACCAGGAAUUUGUGGAUAUUUGUCAUAGAAAAAUACCGCGAAUGCGCAAAUUUUCUGUGAAUAAUGCAGGGAAAGGUUCCCGAGAGAAAUCCGCGAAUGUGUGAGUCCGCGAAUCUGGAGAAUGAAAUAGGGGAGGUCCACUGUAGCUGGGAAUGGGUUUAAAUCUGAAAC